AUGGAGCUUCUGCAAUCUAAAACAAACUACUAUUAUGUUAUGGACUUUUUAGGGAGAGGGGCUUUUGGAAAGGUGGUGAAGGGCAGGAUGGGGAACAGUGGGGAACAUGUGGCUAUAAAAAUCCAAAGAAAUGAUGAUGACAGAAGCCAUGGAAUUUGGCAUGAGAUUAAAAUGCUAAAUGCCUUAAAAAAAGUUGACUCAGACAAAUGGAACUUCAUACGUUUCUAUGAAUAUUUAUAUGACAGCAACAAAUUUUAUCUGGUUUUUGAACUCCUGGAGCAAAGCCUUUAUGAUUAUCAGAAGCAAAAUAGUUUUACACCGCUUCCCAUAAACCACAUCAGGACCAUAACAACUCAAGUCCUAAUAGCUUUAAGCAAGUUACAGGAACUUUCCAUCAUGCACACUGAUCUAAAACCAGAGAAUAUAAUGCUUGUCAAUCAAGCAAAAUAUCCAUUCAAAAUAAAACUUAUUGAUUUUGGUAAUGCAUGUAUUUCACAGGAUGCUAAUUAUUUUAAACAACCCUAUAUGCAGACACGAUAUUACAGGUCUCCUGAAAUACUUCUAGGAUUACCCUUCUCUUCAAAAAUUGACAUGUGGUCUCUUGGAUGUAUCAUUGGCGAAUUACACCUUGGAUUGCCUCUGUACCCAGGAGCCCAUGAAUACUAUCAAAUUUGCUACAUAUAUGACACCCAUGGAAUGCCCAAGAGCCAACUGCUGUCUGCAGGAGGUAAAACAUUAAACUUUUUUAAAAAGAUAAUUGAUAAUAAUAUUGGGAGCAAAUGGUCACUAAAAUCAGAGGAAGAGUAUUGGUUUGAAACCAAAAUAAUACCUCAGGAAACAAGAAAAUAUGUACUGACAUCACUCAACCAGCUCAAAAUGAUCAAUGCUCCUUCUUAUUCAGAUAAUGACUUCAUGGCUGAAUAUAAUGACCUGGAGAACAUGGUCAGUUUGAUAAAACGGAUGCUUACAUGGGACUCCCAUGAAAGAAUAAGCCCCGAUUUGGCUAUAAGACAUCCCUUUAUUUCUGUCAGAGAGAUGAAAACCGAGUAUGGAAAGACUUUCCAGAACUUAAUUGAAAAAGAAAAAGCACAAAACCAAAAAUUCAACAUACUCCCAGGCUACCAGGCCCAUAUGUCUUCUCUGAAAAUCGAUAUCGACCAAAUGGUCAAUGUGUACAUUAAAGAACCAAGAGAAGUAAAGAUCAACAUUUGGGAGGAGGAAACAGAGAUGGACAUUAAACAGCUAAAAUCAUCUCUGGAAAUUUCUGCAGCACAUCAAGAUUGUAACAUAAUCAUUCCAGAUAGCAAUGCAACUCGAUCUUAUCAUAAUUCGAGAGAUGAUCCUGGAAUGGUGUAUGCAGAACAACACUCAAAGGUCCAUCACAAGCCCAGUGAUUCCAAGCAAUUUGAUGAAGAAACUUGCAGCUACAGAUCAGUGUCUGUAUUAGACAGGAUCAGAUUAUGUUUCAGACACCUCACUCAUCGCAUACUGUAA